UACAAGUUGAGAUGCGUGGCCAGCUCGCUCCAGCCAGAUCUCCUAUAAAUAGUGGCGAUGCCAAGGUGUUGCUUCAUCUCAUCUCAUCUCAUCUCAGCGUCAUUCAUUUCAAUCACCGUGUGUGUGUGAAAGAACUGAACAUGGCCAUGAGAGGCAACAAUGUCAAGACCUUGGCGUUGAUGCUCGUAGUUGUGGGUCUUGUGGCACUCCAGCAAACCCAGCAAGUACAAGCAUCCCACUGUUGUUGCCAUCUAGACUCCGUCCCUACCUACUUUAAGUGCCGCGAGAAAUCUGAUAGCACCGUCUCAGAGUGCUGCGGUUCUUCUGAUGGCUAUAUAUCAGACGCCGCUGGAUUUGAAUGCAAGUCCGGUUUUAUAGAUAUAGAGACAGCACUGCAAGCCGUCAACUACUGCAAGCUGGGGUGCAAGGCUUCCUUGUGCAACAAAGUAACUCCAUCUGGGAAAGAUGCCAUGGAACGCUGCACUAGUGGAUGCCACGAUCUGUGCACCAAGAACAAUGCCGAAAUUGCGCAAGUCGUCACAGCUUAACUAGUUAUGCCAACGAGCUGCAUCUGACAAGCCCGCCAAGGAGUGUUUGUGUUGCCUUCAAUAAUUGGUGCCAAAUCCAAUAAGGAUCAUGAGCUGUAUGAUAUGCAUCUUCCUGCAAGGAUGUAUAGUGCUCGAUCGUCAUUUCUUGUUAAAUGUUUUAUGUUGUAUCCUUGGCAAAUGGCAUGAUGACGCCAUGCUUUUAGUGAAAUCUUGUUUAGUUUGCAAAUUAUUAUGGUGCUUUGUUCUAGCGAGUCAUCUUGCUAUUUGUUCUUCCUUUUCAUAGGGGUAAGCAAUGUUGUGGUUGGCAAGGGGUCUUUUGAGGUUAAUCAAAGCAUGGGCAGUCAAUUAGUGUUUCA